GUCUGUCUGUUGCCGUCACCGCAGCUUUGCCUCCUUGAGCUUUGCUUUGGAGAUGGCUUUUGGCGGGAGUCUGCACGUGGAUCUGUCUGCUGAGUUGGAGGACAGAGUGUUCCCCACCUACAGCGCACCACUCGGUCCCAUACCCCAGUCAUCCUCAUGGUAAGUCAUCUCGGGAGCGAUGGAUGGAUGGAUGAAUGGAUGAAUCCGACAGACACCGGGUGACCUCUGUUUGCGUGUCUGUGUUGAUGUUGGCUGCUAUGGUGUCGUGCAGGCAAGACGUGCUGCUCAAGUAUGCGGCAAUUGACUGCCAGAAGGGCCAGAGCAUCCACCAUGCGUCGCAUUUUGUGUGUUGUGUCGUUGGCUGCCACCAGGGUGAUUGAGACGCCCGAGAAGUAUGAGGACCACAUAUUCAUGCAAAGUGAGCCCACAGCCGGGACGGGAUGAACAAUCAGCGGCUCUCUCUCUGUGUGCAUGUGUUGUUCGAUUUCAGCUCUCAAGUUCGUCGUCAUGUAGUAAGCGCCGCGCCGCAAGGCAGGGGACACGGCACGAGCUGAUGUGGUGUGGUUGGCAGCGAUGGCUACCCCAAGGCCAAUAACCAUCUGCUGAUCGUGCCGCGACAGAAGAUACUCACACCAAGUCAGUGAGCUAACGGACGCCCCAUGGACACGUACGUACGUGUCCAUGCGUUGUGUUGGUGCACACUUUAUGAUCCAUUCAUUGUACCAGAUGCGUUGAAUGUUGGUCACUUGGACCUGCUCAAGGACGCCCGCAGGCUGGCGCAGUGGAUUGUGCAGCGGUAGGUACGGUGAGGACGUUUUCACGCCACCUCACACCCACCCUUUCAUGGGAAUGUGUGUGUGUGUUGAGGUUGAGGGCCAAGUCGCCCCAUCUGACCUUUGCCUGUGGCAUGCACACCAUUGCUAGCCUCCAGUAAGCCAUACAUACCAGGCCAUUCACACACGCAGGCCGGGUCUCGUCAUGGGGUGUGUUGUUAUAUUCUCAGUCAGGUGCACUUCCACGUCAUCAGCCAAGACUUUGACUCGGUCACAGAUACGCACAGCACAGCACAGACAGACAGAGAGAUGAAAGCGCGGCCCUGCCCUUGUCCGUCACUAUGUGUGCCACACUUGGUGCAGGAGCGUGUCAAGCAUGCCAAGCACUGGCUGUCGUUCAACUCACCCUUCUUUGCCCCUCUCUCGCUCCUCAUCGAGCAGCUGGAGGGACACGCCAAUCGCAAGGGAUGGGGCUCACUCGCACCACCACUAGAGGUAAGAGGUGAACACAGGCACGCAGCGCCACACAAGGACGCGCUCAUUCUCUCUGGUGUGUGGGGGCCUUUGUGUCAGUUCCCGCCUGCCCGGUACGAGCCGUACUUGAAGGGCCCUCUCCGCUGCAACCGCACGGGAUGCGGCCGGGACUUCGGACGUGAGUUCAAAAAAUUCCAACAGCACUACCUCUCCUGCACGUAAGCCAGCUAGCUGAGAUGGCGGGAUGACCACACACACAUACUCACACAGAUGCGUUUAUCUCUCUGUUUUGGUACGAGUGUGUGUCUACAGGCUUCCCCUGCCGCCCAACAGGGGUUUGGACGAGCCGUCUCGCGGCAAGUCAGCGGCGUCUUCGCCAUCGGGUGAGCCUGCCCUGAAGAAGAAGAAGACGGGGGCCGAGGGCGAGGCGGCCAACGAGGGCGCCAAGAGUAUCAGUACCGCUGCCGCGGCAGCAGCAGCUCCAGCUGCCCCUGCUGGUGGCGAUGAUGGGGGCGGAGGAGACAGUGCUGUUGCAGGAGGUGGUGGUGGGGAGGAGGCCAAGCCGGGCGAGAAGCAAGAUGGGCCAUAGUCUGUCAGAGGGGGUUGCGCCAGAGUGGGUGACUGACAAUACAAUGAGUGUACAGUCAGUACCGUUA